ACAUGGCCCAAGAGCCUAAAUUGAGCCCAUACCAGGCCUGUCAGAAGAGGCAGCACACCGCAAGCCUGUAUCCGAACAACUGUGACCUGGAGUAUGAACUUUACAAAGAUGAUUUGCCAUACAGGAUCUACGAAUAUCAGAAGAUCCCAUCUCUUAUUGGACACAUUCCUAUCAAAACCAGAAGAAGCCAUCUCGGGGCGGAAAGUAAAACCAGACUGAGCCCACACACGGAUUUAAGAAGCAACAGCAAUCCCACAACAGGACGUACAAAAUUACGAGCCGAAGAAUUGCACUCCAUCAAAGGGGAAUUAAGCCAGAUCAAAGCACAGGUGGACAACUUACUGGAAAGCCUCAAUCGGAUGGAUCAACAGCGGGAACACCCCACAGGUACCAAGGACAGCAAGAGAAAAUUAUUCACCAGCGUGGAGGCUUCCUCCCCGGCGGGAGAACUGAUCAGGAUGAAGGAAAGCGCCAAAAACGAGGGUCACACCCCUCAGCAAGAGAUUGACAGCGCAGAGGAGAGCACAGACACCGAAGAAGCCACCGCGGCGAGAAAUCACACACCGGAUCUCGAAGAAAGCAAGUAGGGAGGGCUACCUUGCUGGGAAUCCCUCGCCAAGCGCUUCCUUUCCCAUGUAUUGCGUUUUCUUCCCACGACUUACAGCUUGUGCAGCCUUUGAUGUCUCUUCCUUCCAAUCCGUGCUGGUGGAGAGCCUCCUGCGUCAACUUGAGGGAGGACCUUGGGUGCUGUUGUUAGAUAACCACCUUAAACAUAGGUCCAGGAUGGGAGAAAGGGUGGGGGGAGGAGAGGAAAAGCAGUCACUGUGACUGCACAUUUGAACCAAUCGUUGUGACUCCGAAAUAAACAAUAGCAAUGUGCUACAGAUCAAACGUGUUUUUUUUUCUUUUAUGGGUGCCCAAAGAGCAAUUAAUAAAGGCUGACCGCCAAAGAAUGGAGGCCAUUUGAACUCUGGUGCUGGAGAAGAC